AUGUUGCAUAGGUCAUUUUACUGGUUGACAAUCUUACCUUUGCUUUGCAGUUAUGCUCUGCCAUUGCAAAAAGCUCAAGCUGUUGCAGAGGAGACCUUAAUUAUUUGGUGUUCACUUGCUUCAAGAUUGGGUCUGUGGGCGUUGAAAGCUGAACUGGAAGAUCUAUGCUUUGCUGUUCUACAGCCUCAAAUAUUUCAAAAGAUGCGAGCUGAUCUGGCUUCCAUGUGGAGCCCUACCAGCAGAACAGGAAACUCAAGAAGAAUCUCUGUAAAAGGCAACAUGGUACCUUGGGAUGAGAACAAUUCAACUUCUUUCUACUAUGAAUCUUUGACAUUCAAUGAGGAUGUCUCAAGUGUGAAGGAUCUUUUGGAAGCUGUAGUUCCAUUUGAUAUAUUGUUGGAUCGGAGAAAACGGGCUAACUUUCUCAGUAGUAUUGGGAAUAAUCUGGAGACACGAAUGAAACCAAAGGUUGUUCAGGAUGCUGGGUUAGCUUUGGCAUCAUUGGUAAUUUGUGAGGAAGCACUUGAGCGAGAAUUGAUUAUGUCAGCUUCUUACGUUCCAGGAAUGGAAGUUACAUUAUCAAGCCGAUUAAAAAGCCUGUAUAGUUUAUACAGUAAGAUGAAACGAAAGGAUAUAAGCAUUGAUAAAGUAUAUGAUGCACGUGCAUUAAGAGUAGUUGUGGGAGACAAGAAUGGAACUUUACGUGGGCCUGCAGUUCAGUGUUGCUACAGUCUCCUUGACAUUGUACACAGGCUUUGGACUCCCAUAGAUGGUGAAUUUGAUGACUACAUCAUUAAUCCAAAGCCUAGUGGCUAUCAGUCCUUGCACACUGCAGUUCCAGGUCCCGACAAUUCACCAUUAGAAGUACAAAUAAGAACGCAGAGGAUGCAUGACUAUGCUGAACAUGGACUUGCUGCACAUUGGCUUUAUAAGGAAACUGGAAAUCCUUUUUCAUCCAUUGACAACAUGGAUGAUCCUGAAACAGAAUCAUCUUCCUAUUUCCCCAAAGAUAUAGAAGAUGAAAAUUCCGCAGAUAUUUUAUUAAGUAAAUAUAAGUCAUUGAAGGUUGGACAUCCAGUCCUCAGAGUAGAAGGAAGUCACUUACUUGCUGCUGUUAUCAUCAGUGUAGAAAAGGAUGAAAAAGAAUUGCUAGUUGCUGUGAGCUUCGGAUUAUCAGCUUCUGAAGCAGUAGCUGACAGAAGAUCUUCUUUCCAGAUUAAGCGAUGGGAAGCUUAUGCACGACUAUAUAAAAAGGUAUCUGAUGAAUGGUGGUUUGAACCAGGACAUGGGGAUUGGUGUACUUGUCUAGAGAAGUACACACUAUGUCGAGAUGGUAUGUAUCACAAGCAAGAUCAAUUUGGGCGCCUACUGCCAACAUUCAUCCAAGUUAUCAAUUUUAUUGAUCAAGAAGAAUCUGAAUACUGGGCUGUUGUAUCUGCUGUGUUUGAGGGCAAGCAAGUGGAUUAUAUUACAUCUCGGUCAAAAUUUGACUUGGUGGCAUCAACUUCUGUGGAAGCUAGCAUCAAUAACAAGGUGCAUCUUUUGAGAACAAUGCUUUCCUGGGAAGAGCAAUUGCGCUCUGAGGUAGGUAUCAAGCAAACAAAGCAUGGCGAAAAGCUUUAUGAUCUUCCUAGUUCUCUUAACCUUGGAGAAGUGGUAAUUAUAUGUUGGCCUCAUGGUGAAAUUAUGAGGUUAAAAGCUGGUAGCACUGCUUCUGAUGCUGCUCAUAGAGCUGGUUUGGAGGGAAAGCUGGUUUUGAUUAAUGGACAGUCAGUACUGCCCAAUACGGAACUCAAAGAUGGCGAUGUUGUUGAAGUAAGAAUCUAAAUCAUUCGUUCGAGAACAAAAAUGUAAAUAAUUUUUAUGGGUUGUACUGGGGUUGAGGAUUCUUGGUAAAAUAAUGUAUUUUUAAGCAAAUUUAAAAUAUGAUGGCUUUAAACUUGAUUCGAAGAAUAUGUUGGAUAAC